AUGGCUCUCCCCGGUAUCAUCAACGCCGUGCUUCUGACUGUGGUGCUUUCCGCAGCCAACUCCAACGUCUACAGUGGCAGCCGUAUCCUGGUCGGUCUGGCCCAGGAAGGUUUCGCCCCUCAUUGGUUCAAGAUUACCAGCAAGCGUGGUGUCCCUUACUACAGUGUCCUUUUCACAGCGGCAUUUGGUCUGCUCGGAUUCUUGAAUGUCUCUGAUGCAGGCAGCACAGUGUUCACUUGGUUGCUCCAGAUCUCUGGAGUGGCUGGUUUCAUCACCUGGUCUUCACUGAACGCCUGCCACCUUGCCUUCCAGCGGGCGCUUAAGGCUCGUAAUAUCUCUCGGGAUAUCCUACCCUACAAGGCCCUCUGGCAGCCCUGGUUCUCGUGCUAUGGUCUAUUUUUCAACUGUCUGAUCAUCCUCACCCAGGGAUUCACCUCCUUCAUCCCACACUUCCAAGUUAAGGAGUUCUUCAUCAGCUACCUGAGCUUGAUUUUGUUCGUGGUGCUAUAUGCGGGGCACAAGAUCAUCUACCGCCCCGCCUUUAUCAAACCCAUUGAGGCUGAUCUGGAUACCGGCCGUACCACUGCUGAUAAUGAGACAUGGGAAACUAUUGAGCCAACUACAUGGUAUGGCAAGGCCUGGAAGUGGAUUUGUGGGUAA